AUCAACCCCAAUGGCAUCCCUCCUAAGACUAAGAACCCAAACCAUCCGUCGAAUACUCCCAUCAAUUAGAACAUAUACAUCCCAUCACUACCUCCCCAGAGACAUCCCCAUCGAAGAAGAAACCCUCCCCCACUACAACCCCAAGCAAUACUACCCCGUCAACAUAGGCGACAUCUAUCACUCCAGAUACCAAAUUAUAGGGAAACUCGGAUACGGAAGUACUUCUACGAGCUGGGUGUGUCGGGAUCUUCGGUACAAUGAAUACAAAGUCCUCAAAAUCUCCACUUCAAUACCAACGAAGGACUCUCAUAACCGCGAAUACAGAGUGUAUGAACAUCUCGCCAAUGUAGUGGAAGGUAAGGGAUGUUUACAUCCGGGGCAAUCGUUGAUUCGCGAGGUGUAUGAUUCUUUUGAGUUGCGGAAUACAGCAGUAUCCGAAGGAGAAGAAGGAAAAGGAGAAGGGAGUAUACACCAAUGUCUCCUCCUCCAACCCAUGACCAUGUCUCUUCACGAUAUGCUACAACUAAACUCUAGACCGUUCGAUCUCCCGCUGUUAAAGAUGACUAUCAAGCGGAUCUUACUCGCGUUGGACUUUUUGCAUGUGGAGGCCGGGGUGGUUCAUACUGACAACAUCCUCCUGACCCUCCACGACCCCACCCUCCUCCCGUCCUUCGCAGCCGCAGAAUCAACCUCCCCAAGCCCUAGAAAGUCAUCUUUAACUGACCCUUCACAUACCAUCUACAAAUCUCGCCCCUUCCCCCCUCCCAAAGGAAACAAGAACUACGGCCUCCCCACGCUCUGCGACUUUAGCGAAGCGCGCAUCGGCACUGUCCAAAGAGAUUCAGGACCCUUCAUCCAGCCGAGUAUUUAUCGUGCACCGGAGGUCAUCUUUGAGAUGGAUUGGGGGUGUGCUGUUGAUGUUUGGGGUGUGGCGGGUGUUAUAUGGUCCCUCUUCGAAGGCGAACACCUCUUCGGAGAAGAUAUAUUCGACCCUAGAACAGGCCACCACGAUCCAUUCCGCCAUGUAGCGCGCAUGGUAGCGGUUAUUGGGGAAUCUCCGCCGAGGGAGUUUGUAUGUAGGAGUGAGACGACGAAGCAGUGUUUUGAUGAGGGGGGUACCUGGAUUGCCCACGAUGAAGCACCUAUCCCCGGGAAUGUAUCUCUAGAGUCAUUGGAAAGGCGUUUGACUGGUACGGAGAAAGAAGUCUUCUUGGGGUUUAUGAGGAGUAUGUUGAGGUGGAUGCCGGAGGAGAGGUGGACGGCGGGGGAGUUGUUGGGACAUGAGUUUUUGAGGUGAUUUUUUUUUUUCUUC